CCGCUACGACCGCCUACGACCGCCUACGACCGCUACGCCGCGUAGCCACUUCCGACUACGCCGCUACAAAGCCUAUAAAAAUACAAUGAACUUCAUUGUGACUGUGUACAUAUAGAAUACGAUUUCAUUUUGUGUGUGUACUUUUGUGUAUAUAAAAGAAACGUGGACCUGGUGAUUGAUAUUGCAGCCGCAAGCGUAUACAAGAUAAUAAAUCAAGAACGAACGAAUUUCAAACUGCCAUCGAGCUGUCAGAACAACAACUAGUGAACAAAGCGUGGAGCGAAGUGGAAUAUUUCAGUGCUGGCUGUGAGCAUUGGCGAGGCAGGCAACAUGAGGCGGCGGGGCGGAGGGGGAUAGCAUGCCAGCGCGUGCCACGGCGGCCUGAUGGCGCUAGUGCGCCGGAUAUUAGGCGACGCCCAGGCGAAACUCCGCAAGAUGGUGGACGAGCAGGUGUCCGUCGGCGCCCGCGUGGAGGCGGACGCGGAGCCCGAGCCCGCCGACCCUCUCAUCACACCCGCCAGCUCCGUGUUUAGCUCCGAUGUGCCCCCGGCGCCCCCUGAGCGAAGACUGCUCAUGGGCACCUUAGACAAACCCCGGAAUGGCUCACUAAAUGGUGACAAGGAGGCCACACUCAACAGAGGAGCUAGGCUUUCCAUCAGAAAUGGAAAAGAUAAUCCUUUUAUAGAUGAUGACAAUAAAGAAAAUCAAGCGAAUGGUAAACUUGAAUCGCCAAUCAAAUGGUCGACGCAGAACGGGAGUGACAGCGGAACAUACGCCGAAAUUGGAAUUGAAGGAAACAGCAAUGCGAGCGAAAGGAAUGUUCUGGAUCCGGCGGAUAGUUCUGAAGAAGAGGUCCCGUUACCCGAUGCGACUUCGCCGGGGAGGAGUAGUGAUGGGCCCGAACCCAGAGCUGAUAUUACUGCUACUCUUGAAGGAGAGGCGGCCUCCCCCGGCGGGCGAUCGGACCGCUCGCGGCAGGAAGAGGUACCGGCCUCCCCGGGGAUGCUGACGGCCGCGCAGCUGGCCAGGCGACUGAGGCUCGAGAAUGAACGCUUGCAGGCUGAAUUAACACGGGUUCGUCGGCUGCUGGUAGCGGCAGCAGAGAGAGGCGAGGCUGGGACAGCGUUAUUAGAGAGGACGAAGGCAGAUGGCGAGACGGACGCUGCGCCACUCGACCCUCAGGUUCUAGAAAAGGAGCUAUUGCUUGCCAGAGAGGCUGUGACGUCCCUGAAAGCGGACAAAAAAAGGUUGAAAGCGGAAAAGUUUGACUUGCUCAACCAAAUGAAGCAACUGUACGCUACCCUGGAGGACAAAGAGAAAGAACUGCGGGACUUCAUCAGAAAUUAUGAGCAGAUGCGUUCCCGAGGUGGCGCGUCAUCUGCGCUCGGAGCGGAGCGAGCAGAACGCGAGCGCGAACGAGCGGCGCUUCUUCGACACGCUCGCGACGAGGCCGAACGUUCGCUACAGCUCGCGGCCGCACUCAGUGCGAGAGAUACGCAGCUCAGGCAUGCCAGGGAGCAACUGUUUGAGGCAAGAAGACAGCUGCAAGCAGCCGGGUGUCUGUCUGAAGGUGAGAGUGUGGCGUCCCUCGGAUUAGGGCCCCCUAUGAUACUGGGAGGACCUUCGGGGCUGGUCGGAGACAGGGGCAGCUGCAGCGCCGACUCUGGCGUCAGAGGUGAUUAUUCAGUGACAGGAAGCAGCGACGGCGGCGCCACGUCGGUGUGCGGCGGCAACCUUUCGGACUCGACGGCUGAAGGCGCGCCGCCACUGCUGGACCCGUACGACACGGACGCCGCGUCACUUGUGUCUUCGGCUCACCACAUUUAUCAAUUGAGCACGCCUCGGGACUGCAGUCCGACCUUGUCGCCACACAACAGCGCUUCUCCCUUCACAAGAUCCAUUGAUGCUGGCUCUCUCUCAAGGUCGGUGGAGCAGCUCUCAAGCCCGGGCGAGGAUUCAGGGCUAGUGGGUGGUCUACGUGCGCGUUCAGGGGGCAAGGUUGCGCGCGGGCGAGGUUCCGCCUGGGGUUCAAUCUCGCGAGUUUUUGCGCGAUCCCGGCACCGCACCAAGUCUGGCAGCGCAGCCAACAGCGGACACGAGAGUGAACCAGUGUACGCGGGCACGGGUGCCCGAGCGUGGUCGCCGCUCGGCAGCGAGGCAGCACUCCGCGAGGCAGCGUCGUUGCCUCUCUCGCGGUGGAGGGCUCCUGCCAUCAUAGCGUGGCUAGAGUUGGCGCUGGGCAUGCCGCAGUACGCUGCCGCCGUGGCGGACAACGUUAAAAGUGGGAAGAUCCGUGCUUUGAAUGGGCAGGUUCUGCUCGAGUUGACGGACACGGACCUCGAGGCGGGGCUGGGCGUGACGCAGCCUAUGCACCGCAAGAAGCUGCGGCUGGCCAUCGAGGAGCGCCGGCGGCCGGACCUGGUGCGCCAUCCUACCAUCGGACAACUGACGCACGCGUGGGUGGCAGCGGAGUGGCUGCCGGACCUAGGGUUAGCACAGUAUGCAGAGUCUUUCUUGGCUAGCCUGGUCGACGCUCGUAUGCUGGAUACCAUCAGCAAGAAGGAACUGGAGAAGUAUCUCGGGGUCACGAGGAAGUUCCACCAGGCAUCCAUUGUGCACGGGAUACAUCUGCUGAGGAUAAUGAAGUACGACAGACAAGCGCUGGCUGUGAGGCGGCAUCAAUGUGAAAAUGUAGAUGCAGAUCCUUUAGUUUGGACCAAUCAGAGAUUUAUGCGGUGGGCUCAUAAUAUCGACCUAGGUGAAUUUGCUGAAAACCUGAAAGACAGCGGAGUCCACGGAGGAUUAGUAGUGCUAGAACCGUCGUUCACGGGGGAGACUAUGGCCACAGCGCUCGGCAUUCCGCCCUCCAAAAGCAUUAUUAGAAGACAUCUCGUCACCGAAUUUGACGCUCUUAUCAUUCCAGCGAGGUAUACGAUAUUUUGCCAGGUGGAAGAACUGCAAGUGGAGGCUGCCCGAGCAUCCAUGUUGUCCACAAAACAAAGAUAAACCCACAAAGACAAAAAAGUUAUCCUUCAAAAAAUAAAUCCCGCUUUAACGCCAAACUUCGAAACUGUAUCUAUGUAAAAUUCCUUGUAUCAAGAUGUUUGUAAAGUUGCUAUUUUUACACAAAGCAUUUUUUGCAAAAGUUUUUAUGAUUCUUCCGUCAGAGCCGCUCGUUUGUGAAACGUUAUUAAGCGAAUGUAAACUUUACGAGCAGUGAAGACUGAUAAGGUACCUAUUGUAGGAGACGUGGUUUGUAAGUAAAUGAAUCUCACAAAAAUCAAGCGAUCGGAAACUAUUCUUUUGUACCCCUUGCCUUCGUCAAUGUUAGAGUCAAUGUUCACACGUAGCCCCCUAGAGACCCAAACUUGCCGUAGAUUAGAUUUGUCACAUCAAUGUUUACUCGAGAUCGAUCGAUCUUUAAUUAAUUAGUAAAUGUAUACAAUUUAAUUGAUAUUGACUUAAAAGCAUUAAAUGCUUCGUAUUAUAUAGGGGGUGAAUCAGAUCCCAUUAACAAUAAACAUUUUAAAGGAUUUGUUUUAGUAUUGUCAAAAUUUAAAUUAAAUAAUGAGAUUUUGAACCAGUUAAUAAAAUUGGACAUUUUCUAGUUUUAAAAUAAAAACAGAACCAUUUGCAAUAGCUUUAGGGUUAUAACAAUAAUAGCAUUUAUUGAUACUGUAAAAUAACUAUGUUUUUGACUUGUAUACAUUCAUGAUUGUAAAUUAAAACGACAGUGUAUAAUUAUUAGGUUCAGCUGUAACAAUAUCAAUUGACAUAUAAAUGUGAAUAAAUCCUGAUUAACGAGAUGAAAUAUAACGGA